UUUUGUUUUAUUUUUGAUUUUUUUUCUAUCUCUUUUAUUCAGUUGCUUUCCCUCUCUCUCUUUUGAUUCCAACAAACCGAUGAAACACGAAUGGAUCAAAAUCGAGGAAAACAAAACGAUGGAAGUUCUGAUCGACGCCAAUCUUUCAAUCUCCGAUCGACGCCAAACUUACCUUACCCAAUUUCGCCGGAGAAGAUGCAGCAGAGAAAGCCAACGGCGGGAAGACCUAGUGGUACCGAUGGAUCAGAUUUCUCAUACCGCAUGGUCGUUGACUCUCGUUACACGAAGGUCACUAAAGAAAAAGCUCGUCUCCGUCCUUUGAUCUUUGUUCAGGCUGUGAUUUAUUUAAUCGGAGUAUCGUGUGCGUUUCUGACAACAACUAAAAAGGAUGAGAUGAACACCCUUGCAAUUGCAGGAGCUGCUGCUGGCUUUGUGUCUUCAUUGAUAGGAGAAUUAGGUUGCAGACGCAGCAGAGUAAACCUUUUGUGUCUUGUUUGGUUCUGCUAUUGUUUUGUGUCUUGUUUGGUUCUGCUAUUGUGUUGUGUCUUGUUUGGUUCUGUUUUUAUUAACUGUUGCUUGGAUUUUGUAUUUACAUCUACAGAAUGGUUCAUAAGCUCUGGGCAAGUGUGCAUAGUGUUUUGGGUAUUUUAGGCUUUCACUGAUAGGGAGAUUUGUAAUUUUGACAAUGGUUAUAUUGUAAUGUGCAGAAAUGUCACGUAAAGAAGAAGGAUAUCAGGAAGUUUCUUGAUGGUAUCUAUGUCAGCGAGAAGAGCAAGAUUGUUGAAGAGGAAUAGUUUUUAUCAAUCAUCAUAGCUCCAUUUUCUCUAUUUUGAAUGUUAGUUUCUGUGUUAUGGAUUAAUGUUCAGUUUCUGUGUUAUGGAUUAAUCAUCAUAGCUCCAUUUUCUCUAUUUUUUAAUGUUCAGUUUUGUGUUGAGUUUGGAAUCAAGAUACCCAUAUUUA